AUGUCAAGUGGCACAUUAGACAGCGACAACCUGAGUGCUGCGGAGAGGCUGCAGGCGCUGAAGCUGAGGCUGCAGCAGAAGCACAGAGCAGCAGAGGGGACAGGAGCAGGUGGGAAGAUUAAUAAUGGCCAUGGGGGAACGAGGAUGGAUGAUGCUUAUGGGAGCAGCAGAGGGGGUGAUGGGGGUGGGAGGAGUGAUGGGAGCAAUGAAAAUAAUAGGAGCGAUGCUGCGAAGAAGAGAUACGAUUUCGUGCAGUAUCCACUGAUUCGGCUUAUUCACCGCACUCGGGACUGCUCGCCUGUCACAGAAAAGCUCCUGGGCAGCGUGAGUUUGGAUCUAGUGGCGGAUAUGGCCGGCAAACUCACUGACGGCACCGGCAGCAUCACUGCAGUGGUGGCCCCCCAGCUGGGGGCCCUGCAUGACGUCAUCCUCACCACUGAGGAACCUUCUGAGAAGCUUCCAGCUUCUGCUGGAGCUGUGGGGGGAGCAGUGGGGGGCGCUGUGGGGAAGAUGAUGGGGGGGAAGGUGGGGGAAGGGGUUGGGGGACUGGGGGGGACAUUGGGGGGAGCGCUGGGGGGAGCGUUGGGGGGAUUGAUGGGGGGAAGGCGGGCUGCUGUUCCUGCUGGUAAGUCGGUGCGCAGUAGAAGAGGAGGGGUAAAUGGGGCUGACAGCAACAGCAGCAGUACAGGUGGCGGUGGCAGCAGCAGUGGCAGCAGCAGUAGUCGGGGCAAGGAGCUGGACGGCAUUCUUCGUCCUACUAAUGGGCCGCGCGUGCACGUGCUGUGCAACGCACGUGUGGUGCAGAUGCCGAGGGAGCGAGUGGAGCAGCUUGAGACGUGCCCCUGCCUGCCGGGAAUAGCCGUACCUGUCAUGAGACCCCCGUGGGUGCGUGUGAUGGCACACGACGAGAACCAACAGCAGCAUGUGUAUCUGUUUAGGGGAGCAGCAGCGCGCUUGGUGCUUCGAGCCAUGGACCACUGCCACGGCAGGCGGCUGCUGGACGUGCGUGCAUUCAUUCAUCCCCUUGUAUCCACCCUGGCAUUCAAGGGAGCAGCAGCAUGCUUUGUGCUUCGGGCCAUGGACCACUCGCACGGCAGGCUGCUGCUGGACGUGCAAUCACCCCCGCCUACCUCCCUCAUUCCCCUCACCCUGCUCACCGCCCUUAACCGCCCUCAACCGCCCUGCAGUUCAAGGGAGCAGCAGCCCGGUCCAUUCUUCGAGCCAUGGACCACUGUGGAGGGGGUGUAUCUGGAGGACGAGGGCCAAUCAGCAGCGCCGGGAGGGCCCUACCGGCCAAUCAAGUACUGGGGGGGAACGGACAUCGUGUGGCGGGGGGAGAUUGAGCCAAUCCCGUUGCGACAAGUGGUUGUUCACGCCAUGGCCGUGUGGCUGGCUGGCAUGGCAGCAGAGGAGUUAAUGUUUGGCCGAGUUGAUUAUUUCACUCGAUCCGACGGCUGGUACUCAUUCUCAGAUGAUCUUGCAAAUGCUGCUGCGCUCGCCACGGCCUUUGCUCUCAUCUGCCGCGCUCCAGAGGUGUGGGGUGCUGCACCCACCGCACCACAGGGGGAGGCGAUACAGGCAAAGGCACCACAGGUGGGAAAGAAUCAAGCGAGCAGUCAAUCUGAAACCGAGUUCCAGCAACAACAGCAGCAGCAACAACAGCAACAGCAUCAAGAACAGCUGCUGCAGCUGCUGCUGCAGAGUGCCAUCCACACGCCGCGCAUCACAGGCUGGCGUGUGCCCUCCUCCGCUGCCUUCCCUGACCUCUUUGGUGCCGGGCCGGACGACCUUAGAGCCUGGCCUGAACCCCUGGAGAUGAGAGGUGGACAGGAGGGUCUGAGGGGAGGGAUGGAGGAAGGCAAAGCAGAAGCAGCAGCAGGAGCAGGAGCAGGAGAAACAGCAGGAGCAGGAGAAACAGCAGGAGCAGCAGCAGCGGCAGCAGUGAGACGAGUAGGGAGGGGCCUGGAGAUGCCAGGGGUGGGAGCUCAUGAGCAGAGGGUGCUGCAGGUGGUGCAGGAGGCAAUGACACUGGCAUCUUCCACUCUCCGGCAGCAUGAGAGUGCCCUGCACGCCAUUGCAUGGUGCCUUGUGGAUGCUGGGGAGGCGAGUGAGGGCGAGAUCGCUGCUGCUGUCGCUGGUGCUGUUGUUGCUACCGGUAGUGCCAGUGUGAACACACACCACAAGGCUGUACAUCCAGCUGCUGCAGGAUGA